AUGAGAAUAUUUUGAGUCAAUUACUGAAAGUUUGAAAUUUAAAUUGUACGCUACCUUGUUACUUUAUUUUAUUGUUACUGUUGACUUUUCAUUGAUUUUCAAAGUAUUUUCUGCUGCCGAUUAAAGCGUUUUAACCAUGAUGGUUUUAAACCAAUCAUUCUUGUCGCAGCCCGUGCCAACUCCUAUUAUAGAUAGCAGAAAGUUUGUUUUGCCCUUUCCCAGUCAGAUUUUCCAGGUUGAAUUCUCUCCUUAUGAAUGGUCACAGAAUCUUUUGUGCAUCGCUUUAAAAGACAAAAUUGUUGUUGGAUCAUUUUCCAUACAGGAAGAAGAUGAGGGUCAGGAGAGCGUCGAGCUCAGUGUUAUUCACGAAUUCGCGCAUGGAGCAAGAGUUCAUUCCCUGGCAUGGAGCCCGGAGGCAUCUACCAACGUUUUGCCAAAGUUAUUGUGCUUCUACACCGCAGAUUCUGAAUUUAAUGUUUCCUACUUCGACAGUACUCAAAAUGCAAAUUCAUGUGUGAAGGUUCUUGGUAAUCAUUCAGACUAUAUCAAUGCAUUGGCCUGCGACCCUGAACGGAACUAUCUUGCAUCAACGAGUGAUGACCACACAUGCAAGUUGUGGCCCUUGAAGGAAGGAGCGGAAGAUAUAACAUUCUAUCUCACAUCCCCAGGAAUGAGUGUACGCUGGCACCGACAAGAACCUUCCAAACUUCUUGUCGCCGAAAAAUGUGGCCUCAUCCGAAUGUACAAUAUUGAAACCCAACGGGCCAUUUUAUCUUUGGAUGCUGGUCACUGCCCAUUAAUGGCUGCUGAUUGGUCUCCCAGCAACUGUAGCAGAGUAGGCUGUGUAGCUGGCGGAGACUUGGUCAUCCGAGAUGUAACAGCUGCCAGUUCUCCUGUAGAAACAAGACCCAUUCAUAUGGAAGGUGGAGUGUACAUGCGAUUUUCCCCCGCAAGUGAAAAUCAUCUGGCUACAAUUGGAAGAAGUGAUCACCUAUUGAAGGUUUCUCAUGUAGGCUCAAGUCAACCUCUGCUCACUUCGACCCUUCAGGUUUCAGGCGGCCUUUCCUGGCAUUAUAGACUCCCAUUGGUUUGUGCUGGUUCAGACCGGAAGUUGAUCAUUUUUAGAGUCCUGACUAAGUAAUGUGUUGGCAGUAAGCUUCUGUCUUAUUUUGUAUGUUAUGUACCUUCAACUGCAAUGUCCUAAAAAUAUAACUGUAUAAUUCACAAAA